AUGGAUGACAUGUUAAUGACUUUCUAUUGCAUGGCAGUAGUUCUGUUCACUGUCGGCAUCCUGUGGGAAAAAACAAUCUCGAUUCCAACUUACUACGGUGGUCCUUGCGCUUCUGGAACUGUACACAUGUACUUCUCCAAUGCAUAUAAGUUUCGAAGCAUACUCGACGGCGGCAGUAGUAUAUAUCCAAGUACUGUGUUCAAUUUCGAGUUCGUGUCGAAAACCGACCGUUUCAUAUACGAUGCUUUGCAAAUGAAGCCAGAUUCCGUUACCAUGGUUCCUUACAAGACUGUGGCUGGGGACUUCUUAGUCUACACAGUGAACUCUCGUGCACUUCUUGGUGAUGUCGAGGCAAGCGCUCGAUCUGCGGCCAGGAAGCUUGGAGAACCUCUACCAUUUAUGAUCAUUGCAUUCAAUGCUCCAGAUGUUGGGGAAGAAGAAUUCAUCGACAAAGAAGAUGUGACGUUCCUUGGUGAAACGCUGUUGACCUUGUGA